UUUCAUUUGAUUUCCUCUCAGUGCAGCUAGGCAGCAAUGAGCCUCAGACCUCUGCCUAUCUUUUGCUAGGGGGACUUCUCACUGUCAGCUUUUCUUUGGAAGUCAGAGACUGAGUGCUGUAUUCCCAAGGAGAGAGUACUUUUCUGGAGCUACAGAAAGCAAAGGCUGGAGGAGGAGACACCUGCUGGAGAAGGGGCAGGGACUAGAAGCUAAAGAAGGAAACCAACAGCCAAUAAGGCGAGACUGCACUCUGCCUUGUUGGGCUGGGACACCAGGAGGUCAGGGAUUUCUGAAUGUGAGUGUUCUUCAGAUGCCUCUUUUUCUUAAGAGGCUCUACUCCAUCAGUGGAUAUCUAAACAUGGUGAAGGAAACUCUUGUCUCUCUCGUUUAAGCUAUCCUCCACACAGGAACGCUGUCUCUGUUUUUCUAGAUGAAUCAUGUACUAGCAAUCUAUUAUCUUCUUGCAUAGGCAGUUGGUUUUGGAUUUACCUCUACACCAUUUCUUCCUGGUCUCUCUAGCCUUGAAACUUUGCCUACUGUUUCUUUUAUGUAUAGAGGAAGUACAGCAAUGUGAGCCAGUCAGGGAGUCGGGAGAGGCCAUCAGUUCAGUGGCCUGCAAGACCAGGCCUGUUGUCAUCCUUAAGAGUUCAGGUGUAUGGUCCAACAAGGUUGAGGUACGGUUCGUGACAUUAAUACUCAUGGUUAGGAAAGCAGAAAAGUUAUAAGUUACAUGACUAGGAUCCAAACUUUCUGUUGGUCAGGAAUGACAGCAUUUUCUAGCAGUUUUCAGGAGGCAUGUCCUUUUCUGGGAGGCCAGCUGCCAUGAGCAAGUUAGUUCUUGCCUCUUAUUUGCCUAUGAAGACAUUGGAUUUCUCUCACGUGUUUAUGAAGUGCCUGCCCUGUUGUGAUGGGCUCUUUUAGGGAGAGUGGCUGGAGGAAAGUUUUCUGAAUUAAUGGGAUCUUGUGUGUUAUUUAAUGAUUUUUGUGUUGCUCUAAAAUCCUUCAUAUGCUCAAUUCUUGAGCUGUAAUGUUAAACACUUCCUUCUGUAGAUAUCAACUGUAGUGUCAAAACAGUGUAGGGUAAAGUCUAUGACAUCUUACCUCAACAUCUUCUGCAUUGUUUCUCAACUGGGGAAAGUUGAUGACUUGCUUGGCAACACAGGGAGUGGACAUUUCCCACUGAGCGUGAGUAAGAAGUUCAUUUCUGCCUACAAAGGCAAACAUGAUUCUUGGAUCUGGGAACACUGAAGCAAUCCUGCAUUUUAUCCCUUAGUCCCAUGCUGUGAAUCUCCACCAACAGAAACAAAGGCAGAAUUGGGGUUACUAGUAGAGGCCCUGGAAGCUGACAGUUCUGGCUAGGAGGGGUAGCCUCUGUCCCUACUCACUUGGGAAUUUUGGGGAUGUGACUUAAGCUCUUGGACAUAUGCUCUUAUAGGUCACUGUGAGACUCAGCGAAGAGUCUAAAGAGUCCUCACACAGUAUUUGAAUCACAGAAUGUGAUCAGUGAGUGGAAAUGGUUGGUUAUUAUCUUCCCAUUAGAAUAGAGAUUGACUACUCAUUCCUCUGAGAUCUUAGAAUAGGGAACUUAAACUCUAUGGCUUUCCAUACUACUGAUUGUCCAAUGGUUCCAGAUGGAGCCCAUACCUGCCUCUACUUGUUAUUCAAGGCUGAGUAUUCAUCUCUGUAAAGAAAAUGGCCUUCAGGAUAAUUGUCUUACAGGGAUUUUGUAAGGGCCAAAUAUAAAAUUGUAGCACUAGAAAUGAAAGCAUCUAUACAGGGUCAUUAUUAUUGCUACUAAGGGACUUUAGAAAUUGUACUUGUCUGCUGUGGAAGAGAAUUAACCACAUCUACUACAAGAAACAGGUGUCUCCUGGGCUGUAGAAAGUGGCUGUGGAGAGGCUUGCUAGAUACAGACAUUAGUCUCUUUAAAGCUAUGGAACAAUUGAGGUGUGCAGGUGACCCUGAGGAGCUGAGCCAGGUGCUAGCCCUCAGGAGGCACACAGAGAGUAAGGAAACAAGGAGCCCAGCAGUCAGCAGAGUCAUGUUAACUGUCAGUGUUCUGCAGGGCCAGGGCCUUCAGGGCUGCUGAUUAGAAGACUCCUUGUUGGUAUCCUGGGCCAUUUGAAGAUGCUGCCCUGGCUUCUUAUUUUCUCUGUUCUGGAUCUCCUGGUGUAUGGCAGUCCUACCAUAGUUUCCCGAGAGGAAUGGGGAUCGAGUUCACUCACCUGCAGAGCCCCACUGAGCCUGCCUGUGGCCUACCUCAUCACAGAGCAGCUUACUAGGAUGGAGUGCCAAGAUCAGACUACCUGCAGCCAGAUGGUGCGGGUCCUACAGUCCCAUUCUCUCUACAACAAAGGCUGGUGUGAUUUGGCUUUCAACUUCCUGGUUGGGGAUGAUGGCAAUGUGUAUGAAGGUGUCGGUUGGCAUGUCCAAGGCUUGCGUGCUCAAGGCUACAGUAAUGUCUCUCUGAGCAUUGCCUUCUUUGGCAGUAAAAUAGGCAGCAGCCCCAGUCCCACUGCUUUAUCAGCUGCAAAGGACCUGAUCUCCCGUGCCAUCCAGGAUGGGUACCUGUCACCUAGGUACAUUCAGCCACUUCUCUUAAGAGAAGAGACCUGCUUGGUUCCUCAACAUUCAGAGAUGCCAAAGAAAGCAUGCCCCAGUAUCACUCCACGGUCUGCUUGGGAAGCCAGAGAGACACACUGCCCUCAAAUGAACCUCCCAGCCAAAUUUGUCAUCAUCAUCCACACUGCUGGAAAAAGCUGCAAUGAAUCUGUGGACUGCUUGGUUCGUGUCAGAGACACACAGUCUUUUCACAUAGACAAUCAAGAUUUCUGUGACAUUGCAUAUAACUUUCUAGUGGGCCAGGAUGGUGGAGUGUAUGAAGGAGUUGGCUGGAAUAUCGAAGGUUCUCACACCUAUGGAUACAAUGACAUUGCAUUAGGAAUUGCCUUCAUGGGAAACUUUGUAGAAAAGCCUCCAAAUAAAGCCGCUCUGGAAGCAGCUCAGGACCUGAUCCAGUGUGCCGUGGCCAAGGGGUACCUGACCCACAACUACCUGCUAAUGGGCCACAGUGAUGUGUCCAACAUCCUGUCCCCUGGCCAGGCAUUGUAUGACAUCAUCAAGACAUGGCCUCACUUCAAGCACUGAGGGAGGCCCCAGUCCCAUCCGAGGAUGCUCUUCCUCCUGCUGGGUGUCUGUCCUUACCUCCCACCUUGGCUCAGCACCUCUGGCCCGCUCUCUUCACUGCCUCAUCUAGUUCCCUUUUCUUGUGUGUUACAGUUACAGCAUCCUCUCUUAUUGACAUUCUCCAGUGUCUCCCAAGCUGGGCACUUACCAUCCACAGGGGCUGGGUGCCACUUCCUCUCUCUUCCUUCCUCUCCCAAGAGCACUCACCUGCUCAGCCAGACGAGGCUCUCUUUCCCUUGUUACCUGUCUCUUGCCUUGAAUGCAGUCACCUAUGAUCUGUAUGGCAGCUCCAUGCUCAUCCAUAGUCCCAGUCCUCCUUGUACACAUUUGAAUACUCCCCAUGUUUAAGGGCUGACAUUCCCUUCAGACAUAUCUAUUCUCUCCUGGUUAUCAGAUUUUCCAGGACAGCAGGUGACAUUUCUUUGUUACUACAUAUCCUGUGCCAACUCCUGAGCUGAGCCCAACACAUUGCAUGAUACAGAUAUUUGCUGAAAAAGACGCUGGAUGAAAGAGCUGAUCCCAGUCCUGUUUACAACUGCCCACUUUGUUCAUCACUGCUCUGUGGGAGGCCCUGCCGGACAGGUCCAGCAGUCUACCCUGGUCCCUCCAGGAGGCACAAGCUGACAGCGGUGACUUGUCUGUAAUGGAUUCUGUGUCUCCAGUCUUCUGAGCCUUGUCCACAAACCACUCUGAAGACCAGCCAAGCAGAGCUGCGUUCACAGGUGCUGUCUGUCCAGUGUCUGUAGUCUGCCUGUGCCUGUCUGGUCCUACUGAGCUGAGAGUGGGCCCAGAGCCUUUGUAUUCUGUAGCACCCCGCUCCUCCUUCCUAGAGGGAAGAGCCCUUCAUCAUUGUGGCUGAGACAGCCCCGACUCCCACAGCUGUUCCAAAGAUGUACCCAAGCUGGUGGUUCUUGCUUUAUUGGAUAUGAAGAAAAUGAUGCUUAAGCAUAUUUUCUCCAUCUGUUGUUAAUAACUCCUUUGGUGCUCAGAUUGGGUUUUUGCUUUUAGAGUGUUUUCAUAUCUCUUGCAACAUGGUGAGCCUUUACAACCUCACAUGUACUCUGUUUUUCUUUUGCUUUUCACAGACCUUCAGAUGUCAUUAGGUUGACUCUGUUCAUUUGUCGUCUUUCCUAAGGCAUCCUGGGCAUGUAAUCAGGAGAAGGAAGAAAUGAGUUGUCUAGUGGUUCAGGCUUAAAGGGACACACCAGCCAUUCCUGAUUUACACAGCAGGGGUAGAAUGCAAACCUCGCAGGCCUUUCUGUCAGAGUCAGUGCAGACUUUUCUGUAUGGAUGGAGGCUGGGGACAGACUUCUCAGCAAGGAUGGAUUUAAUACCUCCCACACAGGGAGUAGUCAUAGGGGUAGUCAUGAGAUGCUAAGAAAUAGCCUCACCCAAAUCCACCUGUCAGUCACAGUUGUAUUGAACUUCUUGACAGUCACAUAUAGUGAAUGAGAGAUGGACCUUUUGAGAGGCAAUCAAUCAGUGCAUUCAUGUUGUUACUGUAAAAGUGAGUUUGUUAUAAAAAUGAGUGUGUCCCAUCCCCCACUCUCUUGUGCUUUCCCACUCUGCCAGGGCAUGAUGUGACCAUAAGGCCUGGCCAGAUGCUGACCUCACCGUGUCCAGACUAUACAAAAUAAAUCUUUUUUUUUUUUU